GUGAAAAUUUUGUUGAACCUGUGAUAGAUCAGACAACAAGUUCUGUUGCUAAACAAACUAAUAGCUCAGCAAAUAUUUCUAGUCUAUUAUCAAUAUUGAAUACAUCAGACAUAGUAACGUCAUUAAAUAUAUCUGACAUAUCAACGUCAGUAAAUAUAUCAGACAUAGAUAUCCAGGAUGAAGUAAGAAAUCUCGAUGAAGAUAAAUGUUCAUGUAACUGGCAUGGCAAUGUAUUGGAAGUAUAUAAAGAUUGCGACUUAUUUGAACCCACCAUUGUAGAAGAUAAAAUUUCUAAACAUUCUGAAAUAAGUGCACCUGUUUCCACUACAGCAUACCUCAAUAAUAAUAAUAUUAUACAAGACAUUUCAAAAAAUAUUUAUGAUAAGAAUCCACCUUAUGUAUCAAACACAGAAGAAAAUUUUAUUCAAUCUGUAGAUGAGACAACAAAGUAUGUUACUAAAGAAUAUAACAUGUCAUCUACAUCAUUAAACAUAUCAGAUAUAGGCAUUCAGGAUGACGAUGGAAAUCUCAAUGAAGCGUGUCUUGAUAAUAAUACUAUGGAAGACAACAUUGAAAAUGUUAGCGAUGAGGAUCCAUCUUACGUACCAUCAAACACUUCGUCUAAUGAAAGUUUCGUUCAACCUGUGAUGAAUCAGACAAGAAAUUCUUUUGCUAAAGAAACUAACAGUUCGGCAAAUACUUCUAGUGGAUUAGACAUAUCAAUGUCACUAAACGUAUCUGGGAAAUGUGCUCGGGAUGACACUGAAAUGUUUGUUACAUCAGUUGGUGCAGGAAACAAGAAGCAUUUCUGUAUGUAUUGCAAUACGUUUCAGAGCAAAAUAGCUCGUCAUCUUGAGAGAGUACAUGCGAAUGAAUUAGAAGUUCAAAAAUUUAAACACAUGCCAAAAGGGAAUGCAGAACGAAGAAAGAUCUUAGAAACGAUACGUAGACGUGGAGAUUUCUAUUUUAAUACCGAUUGUGCACGAAAUGAUGGUGAAUUAUUAGUAGAAAGACGUUCAAAGAAAGAAUACAACAGGAUACCUUCUGAAUACGUCGUAUGUCCAAAUGUAAAGCUUUCAUUCUAA